GGUUCGGGGGAAGCUCCUCCACGACGGCACAGGAUGGAGAAGGACGGGGGGUCUUGCAGUGCUCAUGAUACUGGAGGGGGAGGAGAAGCCCCCGUGGAAGGAAAAGAAGAGGCUAAAGCGGGUCUCGAACCAGGACAUGCUGUGACAGAGGGGCAGAGCCCAAGCGAUGCAAAGGGAGUGGAAGAGAGCCAAGGACAUGCUGAAGAGCCAAGCCACACUGGUGCAGGAGGAGAGAGCUCCAUAAACACCAAAGCAGCGGAGAAAGGCCAUGUCCAGGCUGAAGAGCCAAGCCACACUGGUGCAGGAGGAGAGAGCUCCAUAAACACCAAAGCAGCGGAGAAAGGCCAAGUCCAGGCUGAAGAGCCAAGCCACACUGGUGCAGGAGGAGAGAGCUCCGUGGACACCAAAGCAGCGGAGAAAGGCCACGUCCAGGCUGAAGAGCCAAGCCACACUGGAGCAGGAGGAGAGACUUCCGUGGACACCAAAGCAGCGGAGAAAGGCCAAGUCCAGGCUGACGAGCCAAGUCACGUUGUGGCAGGAGGAGAGAGCUCAGGUGAUGCCGUGGGAGCGAAAGAGACUCAAGCCCUUCUUGAUGGCACCCAAAAGAAGCAGCCCCAACUUCAGCCAAGCUUUAGCUGCCCGCCAACCCUUGAAAGGCCUGAAGUUGUUUCUGAGGAACCUCCAGCCCUUCCUGAACCCCCAACUCCUCCGGAGGCCACUGCUCUCCCCACCUCAGGGAGCCUUCCCCCGGAAGAACCGAAGCCACUGGAGGUCCCUGGCUUGGCAGAGGGACCAGGAGAAGAACAAACCAGACCAGCUGCUAAAGAGGCAGACAGGACAUUGGCUCCAGAGGACUCGAGUGAGGCCAAGGCCACGAUCCCCACAGAGGAGCCCAGUCCGGCCUCUCAGCCGCCUUCUGGAACACGAGAGGGCACCGCCACCCCUGCCGCUGAGGUCCCCCCCAGCCUCUUCCUCACCCCAGACUUUGGCAAAGAGGACCCAUUCCAGAUCUUGGAUGACACGCCUCCCCCACCUGCGCCCUUCACCCACCGCAUCGUUAACCUGAGAACGGCAGACUUCAAAGAGACCUACAGCGUCAACACCAAAGAGAUGCUCGGAGGGGGGAAGUUUGGGGAAGUCCGCAUCUGCACAGUGAAGGAGACGGGGCUCAAGCUUGCUGUGAAAAGCAUUAAGAAGCAGGGGCCGAAGGACAAGGAGAUGGCCGAGGUGGAAAUUGAUGUGAUGAACCAGCUGAAUCACAGGAACCUCAUCCAGCUGUACGACGCCAUCGAGACACCCAGAGACAUCAUGCUCUUCAUGGAGUUCGUGGAAGGCGGGGAGCUCUUUGAGCGGAUCAUAGACGAGGAUUACCAGCUAACCGAGGUGGACUGCAUGGUCUUCGUGAGGCAGAUCUGUGACGGGAUCCUCUUCAUGCACCAGAUGGGCGUCCUGCACCUGGACCUCAAGCCGGAAAACAUCCUCUGCGUGACGGCCACUGGCCACAUGGUGAAGAUAAUUGACUUUGGACUUGCCCGAAGGUUCAAUCCCAGUGAGAAGCUCAAGGUGAACUUUGGCACCCCCGAGUUCCUGUCGCCCGAAGUGGUCACCUACGAGCAAGUCUCCUACACGACCGACAUGUGGAGCAUGGGAGUGAUCGCGUACAUGCUGCGCAUUUGGGAUCUUUUUGGAGAAUGUUUGGCGCAGCCGCAAAAUGGCCGCCGCAGCUUCCCUUCUGUCCCAGCGAACAUCCUCGUGCUGUGGCGGCAGCCGACGCCAGAGACGCUGUUAAAAGAAAUCUGCGCAGCCAAUCAAAGUGACAGAUGUAGCUCAGCCGGGCUCCCAUCCAUUCUCACCUGUGGGGGCGGGGCAUCAGACACCGUGCCCCACCUCCUACCCACAGGACUGGAAGCAGGGGGCGGCCGAGCACCGGCCUUCUCAGAGCUGGACGAAGACGAAGGAAUGGCCAGACUCCAGACUUUAGUAACAUUCUGUAUCUAG